UCACCUGAAUUGUAUCAAUUUGCAGCACUUCAGCAGCCUCGUGUUCACUCACAGUGCCUGUCCACCACUUCCAUCUCUUCAAUCAGAAUGAAGACCGCUCACCUCAUUGCUAUUGUGGCCUCAGUGCUUGCUGCAGCCACCUUUGCCGCAGCUGCAUCCUACUCCUCCAGCCUUAAAAAUGACUGCGAUUUUGACGUCAAUGUGAACAUCGUGCUCAUACCGGGUCUCCAGCUCGGGUCACUUGGUGUCAUCACCGUCGUUGCCCACACCGUCCAGUCCGUGCUGUACACCAUAACGGGCCUCGUCUCCAGUCUGCUCGGCCUGACCUGGAAGAUCUCCGCUGUGAUCGAUGGGGUCUUGCGCACCGUUAACGUUGUGGUGCCCUUGAAUGGAACGGUUCAGAUCGUCGAGACAGCGGUGGGCACGGUUGCAGUUCUCGUCAACAAUGUGGUCAAGGGCUACCUACUUCAGUAAGCCCAUGCUCAGAAGCAGGUCGGCUGAUUCCCGGUGGACACGAAUCAGAUAACUUUUAGUGUUUUUACCAACUAUCCCACCAUUUUAUGGCAUACACAGAAGUCGAUACGCUCCUCUCUUGAAUAUUUUCAUUCAUCUUAUACAUAGGAUGAAAGAGAGUCAUCGAGUCAUCCAGUGAUGAUCAUUUCAUAGACAGAUAAUAAAGAGGAUUGAUUUUACCAACUAUGAGAUGC